AUUAAUUUGUACUUAAUGCUAAAUAAUUAAUAUUGUAAUUUUAUUAUAAUAUAUCAAAAUAAUAUUUUAAAGUCCGUAAUUUAUAUUUCUCUAAUAAUUUGCUAUCCAACUAUUAUGUGAGUUUUGUAUCAAUAAUUUAAAGUAACAAUGUAUACUCUUUUGUAUGGUUUUUAUAAGUAUUUAACUCAAAAAGAUGAAUUCUGUGUGUUAAUUUUAGGCUUAGAUAAUGCAGGAAAAACUACCUACUUAGAGUCGUCAAAAACAAAAUUCAAUAAGAACUAUAGAGGAAUUAAUCCGAGUAAAAUUACUACGACUGUAGGUUUUAAUGUUGGAAGCAUUGAUGUAGAUAGAGUAAGCUUGAAUUUUUGGGAUUUGGGUGGACAAUCUGAACUUCAGUCACUUUGGGAUAAGUAUUAUUCAGAAUGUCAUGCGGUAAUAUAUAUUGUUGACUCUUCUGAUCGAGACCGUAUGGAUGAAUCAAAAAGAACAUUUGAUAAAAUGAUAUGUAAUGAAUACUUAGCAGGAAUUCCACUUCUUAUACUAGCAAAUAAACAAGAUAUACCUGAUUGUAUGGGUGUUCGGGAUGUUAAACCUAUUUUUAAUCAGAAUGCUCAUCUUAUAGGAAGACGUGAUUUUAUGGUCAUGCCUAUCUCUGCAUUAACAGGGGAUGGUAUUAAUGAAGGUAUUAAGUGGCUCAUUGAAUCAAUUCAGAGAAAUGUAGACAUAAGACCACCAAAAAAUGUUGAAGAUUAUUAAAUUUAAAUAAUAAAAAGAGCAACUAUAAAUAUUGUGAUGUGUUUAAGAAAUAAUUUUGUGUACAUAUACUAUCUAUUAAAUUCAUCAUUAAUAAAUAUUACAUGUAUUUAUUAUAA